AUGGCAGAAACUGGGGGCAGGGUCAGGGACCGAGUGCAGAAGGAACAGCUGGCAAAGGCCAUGCCCACCUUCUUAAAGAUGUGUGAGCCUUACUUCUUAUACCUGGAGGCUGCAGCGAGGAGCAUGCCCCCCAUCUAUGGAGCCCUGCAGGAGCUGGUUCGAAAGGGGCUGUUGGAGAUCUCCCAACAGCUGACUCUACGCCUGGAACAGCUGGUCCUCAUGUAUGCCUCCUUUGGGUUCGUGGACCUGGAGGAGACUGACCCCCUGAGCAUCUCCUGCUUCUUCUGUGGAAGGUUCUCCAUCAGCCCUUCCCACGAAGUGUCCAUCUUCAGAUACUGUACCCCAGCCGCCUACACCGCCAGCCACUUCCCCCAGUACCUCUAUAAGAAAAUGCGCUGGAACCUGGAAACCACCCCAGAGCCCAGCAACCGAGGACAAGAUCCCCAUGUGGAUUACUACUUCCUAUGCUAUCGAGAUACAUGGGAGGACACAGGCCAGAAUCCAGCCAACUCGUGUCCCCAGAUCCAGAAGCUGUGGUCCAUCGGUCGAUGGGUGCCCCUAGGGCCAGCUGAAGAUGACCUUUAUUCAUGGAUUUUGUGCCCGCAGCCUCCUGGGGACUACCAACAGCUGCUGACCAUCGGCUUCGAGGAGCCAUCGCACAUGCUGGCCACCGACCUGCUGGUGCAGAUUCUCAUGGGUCAGGCAGGCCCGGCCCGGCCCCCGAGCGCUGUCGGGCCUCCGGCAUGGACUGCGCAGGGGCCUUGAACCUGGGGAAGAAGGUGGGGGCUGGAGCUUGACAGUUCCAAACUCCCAGAGAGGGGCCAGGGGAGGGGCUCACUCGUUCUCCUAGCGCAGCCUGGCCUCGCCUUCCAAGGGGCCAGGCCGAGCUAGCCAGUCUGCACUAAGUCCAGCCCGGUCCGGCCGGCCGGCCGCGGAGCCGGGAGUGCAGACACACCAGUUUUGUGUUAAAUAAAAGAAAGAAAGAGGU